AUGAAAUAUUUUAUAACAAACGUAUUUAGGUUAUUUAUUUAGGUGUUACAUAAGAAUAAUUAAAUUGUGUAUUGGAGUACAAUAUUAGAAUAAUACAAUAGUGCUGUGCAUUGUUAUGAUCAGGCACUGAAACUAACCCAAAGUAUCCUGAUUUAUAUAUCAGUAAAGGUAAAAAGCAUAUCUAAAUAAAUAGGAAUUUCCCUACAUAUGCAAAAACGAUAUGAUGAAGCUAUCAAUUAAUAUAAUUAUGCUAUCAAAUUGAACAAAGAAAAUGCCAAGCUUAAUAUAGAAAAGGUAUUGAUGACAGUUUAAUAAAAACAAAGGAUUUUCAUUAUAUGACUAAAAGAAUAAUUAAGAGGCUCUGAAUGCCUAUGACCUUGCGCUUAAAAUUAAGGCAUACAACACAAAGAUAAUCAUUAAUAAAAGUAGAAAUUAUUUUAUUUAUUAGGAAUUUCUUUAAUGCAACUAGAAUAACACUAGGAAGUGAUAAUGUAGUUUAAUCAAGCUAUUUUAAUUAGCCAAAAUGAAUUAGAUGCUUAUAGUU